GUUACUUUCUACAUACAUGCUUUGCAACAAAAGUCAGAUUGAAUUGAGUUUUCACUGCUUUUCCCCCCUGAUAUUUACCUAGCAAGAUCAUGUCCAAGUUUUUAUCAAAAAUCCUACUUCCUAUAUUAAAACGCGAGGCCGGGAUGUGUCAUGUUGAUGAAGAAAACAUGAUGAUCGAAAACCCUAAUAAGAUCAUUCGAAAGUUGCAGAUUAAUAAUAUUAAGAACAAUCGUGGGCCAGUCGAAGAUGUUGAAGAAGAAGAGACAGAAAAAGAUGAUGAUGCAUGCAAGAAACUGAAAAAAAAUUCUGUCGAGAAAAUCGAUGAAAAUAUAUACAAAGCAGACCUUGAAGUUUUAAGAGAAAAGUCACUCAAGAAACCGGUUGUUGAGGACCCAUUGGAGAACGACUCAUUAACUAUAUCCUCUGAAUCCAGUGAGACAAAAAGAAAGAGCAAAUCAUGCAAAAAGAAGGCGAAAAGUAAUGGCAGAAGUGGAGAAGGAUCUUCGUCAAGUAACAACAAGAAAAGCCGCAUUAAUCCGAGGGAAGUUCCAGCGCCUCCAUUGCCCAUACAAUUCAAAAAUGCAAUUCUUGACAUAGCACAAGGUAGAACUGUCUCGGAAGUAAAGUUGGUGAUACAGAAGCAAUUGUUCGCUAGUGAUACGGCGAAGGAUCAAAAUCGGUUCACCAUUCCGGCAAAUCAGAUUAGAGAGGAGUUCCUGAGCAAUGAAGAGAAGAUGUAUCUGUCAAGGUACGCAAGUAAGGGACGAAAAAUGGCUAUGGAAGUGAAGAUAAUUGAGCCAUUGCUUGGAGAAGGAACUGUGGAGUUGAGAAAGUGGGACUUGGAGAAAUAUUCAGGACGUUCAAGCUUGUCCUACGUGUUGAAUAAAACUUGGGGGGAAAUUCUUGAGAAUAAUAAACUCGAGAUUGGAAAUGUCAUGCAACUUUGGGCUGUUCGAGUUGAUGAAGAAUUGGACAUUGUUGCUCCAGAAGGGGCGGAACGAUCGUAUGUACUUCCAUGCUCCAGCCAAAUCACAUAUAUUAUCAAGUACGGGAGAAACACAAGAGAAAGAGAAUAUAGGAGCUCAGUGAGCGUGGAUACCUUUGAUCACAAGUUUGAUUUCCUAUACCAAUACUUUCUUGAUCGAGUUUGUCGUACCUGGCUUGCCUAUUACGAUUUACCUAACUGGCGUGGUUUGGAGGCUAUUACGUCAGCCCUAGGGAUUACCCAGUGCGCACCCAAAGGGUAA